GAAAUAGGCAGAAACAGAGGCAACAAGAAGAACAGAACAGGAAACAGAAUAUUAUCUCUUUUUUCAUUCACUUUGUUUUCUCACUCUUCUCUCUCUUCUCUCUCUUCUCUCUCUCUCUGUGCAUUUUCAUGGAGCCUCCACCUUCGUAUUCGUAUUCUCCAUUCUCAUUCUCUGUUAAGUGCCACCCAAAAAUACAAAUGCACGAUCCUAUUCUUUUCUUCCUCUUCUUCGCGUCCCUCUCUUCCUUUCUCUUUCUCUCUUUCUCUCUCUUCAAACGUUUCUCCAAAAAGCCACACCACACUGCUCAAGUUCCAACCUUGUUGCCACCCCAACAUGCCCCCAAGAAGAAGAAAAAGAAGCCUAAGAAGAAGAGAACCGAUUCCCAAACCCAGGUUGAAGAGAAUCCCGAUUCGAAUUCGGACUCGGGGCUCCGACUUGAAUCCGCGUCCUACUACCCGUUCACGUCUUCCAGCAGCUUUAUGCAGAGAAAGAUCAAACAGAAGUACGAUGAACUCGUCAAAUGCAACCACUUAAAGAAACUGACACUGCCGCAGGUUGUACAUUUUGCUAAUAGUCUGGUUGAUGCUAGAAAUGAACUACAACACAAAGCUGAUGUGAUUCAACGUAAGUUUGUUAUAAAGAAGGCUUUGCUAUGCAAGGCAGACAGAUCUUCUUUUGACCGCCUCCAUCAACAGAUAUACAAGCUGGAAUUAGAGCAAAAACGUUUAGAAGAGGAUGCCUUUGUUUAUAACUCACUUCAACAACAGCUUAAACUCUCACCAGCAUACCAAAAGAUGCUUGAACUUGGAGCUUGCAUGGAAAAGGAAAAGGCAAGUGGACUUGGAGAGAACAGAGAUGAUGAUUUUUCUGACAUUUCUUUUGAAGAAUUAUUAGCACAGGAGAAGAAAGAUUCGUUUUGGCAAAAAAAUGGGAAAUCAAGAGUAUGCUCCAGCUGAUAACUAUUAGUUUGGCUAACUAUAACCUGCUGAGUUAGUUAGUAUGUACAUCCAAUACCUGUAGUAGUGUAUUGUCACAGGAAUCUCUUUUUGGUUAUUUGCCUGUGGCAUUUUUGGUUGUUAAUGGAAUAUAGAUGAUACAACUUUGAGUUUGUUUUAAGAAUUUAUGAAUGGAAACCAGUUAAAUGA